AGGAGGAGGAGGUGGGGGAGGAGGAGAGCGAGCGAGACAUUGGGUGGAGCAGCCUCGCGUGCUGCGGAAUACUGUGUGCGUUGUGUGUUAUGCGCGGGCGGUAUGUCACAGCUGCAUGUCGGCGAAUGGAAGCGGAAGCGGGAGGUAUGUUGAACCACGGCGGUUGUUUCGAGUGAUAUUCAGAUGCCGGAGUAGCGGCGCGUGAAGACUGAGUGCGAGCGCGAGGCAUGGACGAGUCGGAACCCGCAGAGGACAGCCUGCUCUCGAGCCUUCGGUGGAACCGGAGCGCCCGGGACCAGGCUCAGCUCAAACACAAAAUUCGGGAUUUGCCGGGGCUCCUGAAGCACGGCUUGCACCUGCGAAAGAAAAGCCAGUCCCCUGAUACGAUACCUGGACCAAGCCCUGGACCUACUGUCCAUAAGUCAUGCUCCCAGAGCUUCCCCUGCGCUGGACGUUCUGUGAGGAAUGCCUUCCUCUCGCAUGGACCCUACCCAGCCAAGGACAAGAUCCACCUGGCCCGCAUCAUACGGCGCAGUUAUGUGGGCGUGGAGCUGGUGCAAUGGCUGUGUGAGCAGUGUGGGUAUGUGCGCUGUCGGCCCACCGCCGCGCGCGUCUGGCAGGUUCUGCUGGAGCUGGGGGUCCUGCUGUCUGUGGACCAGCGGGUGAUCUUUGCCGACUCCAACUCCUACUACCAAUUCAGCUUCGAGGAGUGCGAGUCAGCAUCCUGCGAGUUUCGCUCUAACGAGGGGGAGUGGUCAGAGGCUGUGAGGCUCCUCCUCACACUUGCGCCAUAUGUCCAAUUCCGCUCUGGGGGCGGAGCUAACAGCCCGUCGGAGGAGGACUCUGAGGGCAACAGGGACAUCUGUGGUGAGAUGCUCCAGAUGAGGGCCUUGGAGAGGCUGACCUCCACGGUACAAAAUGAGCUGGCAGCCGCCUUAGCCCGCAAGACUCGCAAAGCCUUGUCAGAGCAGGACUCUGAGACAAGAGAGGCAGCACAGCCCCCGCAACCUCGCACGCCCACUGAGGAGAGCAGCCCGCUGGCCGGCGUGUGCGCACUCCGAGACGGCAGCGGCGGUGGCGGUGGCGGCGUUCGCCGUGGAGGUGUUUGUGUCAGCAGCGCUGGAGGAGGAGGAGGAGGAGGAGGAGGUGGAGGAGGAGGUGGAGGAGGAGGUGGAGGUGGAGGAGGAGGUGGAGGCAGAGAGGAGUUGACUAGCCGGCUGGGGCUGGAGGCCGUGCAGCGGCUAGCCAAGGACGGCUGUCGCCUCCUGCAGAACCACAACUACCGUCUGCCGGAGAGGAACCCCGCGGAGGCGGUGGGGAGGGUGUGUCUGAAGGAGAGGGGGCGGGACGUCCUGGUGCUGCAGAGGGUAUCGUCAACGGUUACGUCCCCGUCUGACCGCCCCUCUCCCACCUCUUCAGGGGGCGGGGCCAGGGAGGAGGACGGAGACAGGAGGUAUGUAGUGGUGUCCGGGACGCCCCUGAAGAUCCUGGAGCACCUGCUGAGCGACCUGCGGCUGGAUGAGGAGCGAGGAGCGCCCGAGAGCCGGGACAGCGGUGAGUAACACACACACACCACUAUCACAUUGAUCUCUCUCCCUCUCGCUCUCUGUGUCUCUGUCACUCUCACUCGUAAAAACACUAACACAAAAAAUAAUAAACACUUUUGAGACUAACACAGACAAACGUAGGUUGUGUGUACAUUUGCAAAGCCCAUGGUCUGAACAGUUUUUCCCAACACACAUCCAUGAACGGGACGCUCUUCCGAAAAGAGUAUUCCUGCAUCCUGAUGCCCCUCGUAUGAGUGGCUAUGGAGAGAGAGGAGGGUGUGUUUGUGAAGUCAUGUGGGGGAUAAGCCGCUCGCUCUCUCUUAAUGGUUGACCACAGCUAUCUGUGAACCAUGCAUCCCCUGAUCUGCUGAUCCACUGACUCCCAGGAAUGUCUCCUCCAGUGCAACGCUUCGUGUUCCUACAGAGCCCUGAGCCGUCGUGUUUCCUUCCAUUCACCCCCCCCACACACCCCCACCCCUGCCGUGUACACUGGGCUUACACAAAAAGCUCUGUACCGAAAGCAUCACUGGCCAUGUUGAACUGUGUGCAUGUGUGUGUGCAUGUACCUGCAUGUGUCUGCAGGGUUGACGCGAGUGUAUAGUGGGACAUUUGCAUUUAUGCAUAUAUAUUAUUUACUCACAGACGAGAGCUAAUAGCUAGGUGUGUGUGUGUGUGUGUGUGUGUGUGUGUGUGUGUGUGUGUGUGUGUGUGUGUGUGUGUGUGUGUGUGUGUGUGUGUGUGUGUGUGUGUGUGUGUGUGUGUGUUGGUCUGCGAGCGUUUAGUUGGGACAGGCAGGAAUACAUGCGGGGUGUUCAGAGCUUUAAGUUCCUCUAAUGAGGAGCACGGAGGCUUCCCUGGGGCUGCCCAGACCUGCCCGACGGUACGACCGCACCUCCUACAUCAAACAGGGCUACACUCCCCCCCCCGCUUUGUCAAUGAGUUCAGUGUUCUCAGGUUAACCGGGAGGCGUUCUGCCAGUUGGCUCACUUCCUUACUCACUCGACGAACAAAAAUGAAAUCACAGCGGGGGAUAAAGCGAGUUUGCAAGUUUGAUCGCCGUUGUCUGCACUUCUAAGCGUGUCUGGAUAUUAAUAAUUGUGUGUGUGUGUGUGUGUGUGUGUGUGUGUGCGGGCCCUCUAGGGAUGUGUAGUAAAUCAGCCGGCCGUUUUACCGGGGGUUAGCUGUACUUUAUGUUGAACAGGAAGAAAAAAGAGAGAGAGAGAGAGGGAUAAGGAGCGAGAGAGAGAGACCAUGGAGAGAUUAAACAUCCUCAUCCAACAUAUCCCCUAUUCUCCAUCGCUGCUAUCAACGCUCAACAGUGUUGACCAAAACCCAGCCCACCGCUGAUUACUAUGAUUAGUUCAGCCGCCGUAACCCCACCAUCAGCUGAGUACCUCUCGCACUCUCUCAACCCUAUAUCACUAGUGAUACAACGGUAUAGUCUCCAAGGUCACACCACUAUGUGUUAUUCAUCAGAGAGAGGGAGAGAGAGAGAGAGACGUUACACACGUGAGCGCGUCUGACUUUGUACGUGCCGCCCGACUAGCGGACACAGAGGGCGAGCUGUUGAAGAUAAAAAUGGAUGUUUAUUAUGAUGGAGAGGGAGGAGAUGAGAGGGG